GCCGCCGCCGCCGCCGCCGCCGCCGCCGCCUGGCCCUGCGCCUCUUUCGCCGCCGCCUAGCGCCCGGCGGUCCGACAUCCCCGGCGCGGCCGCCAAUGAGCUGAAGAGGAGCGGGCUGCGGCGUCAAAGUGACGGCAGGCGCAGCCAAUGGCCGCGAGGAGAGGGCGGGCCGAGGCGGGAGUGUGAGAAUUUCUAACCAGCAUAAUGCUGGAGCGAGAGGCCGGCAGGCUGCAGUUUUCAAAAUGACCGAGUUGGACGCCGAUUUGGAUCACAUCAUUCCAUCUUCUGUCCUGCCCGCUUUCUGGGCUAAGUUAGUGGUGGGAUUUGUUUCCCUCGUGUGUUUCGCCCGUAGCUACGAUGGAGAUUUUGUCUUUGAUGACUCGGAAGCUAUUAUUAACAAUAAGGACCUCCAAGCAGACACCCCCCUUGGGGACCUCUGGCAUCAUGACUUCUGGGGCAGUAGGCUAAGCAGCAACACCAGCCACAAGUCCUAUCGCCCUCUGACUGUCCUGACUUUCAGGAUUAACUACUAUUUAUCUGGAGGCUUCCACCCCAUGAGUUUCCAUGUGAUCAACAUCCUACUUCACGGUGGCAUCUCUGUCCUCAUGGUAGAUGUCUUCUCUGUGCUGUUUGGUGGCCUGCAGUACACCAGUAAAGGGCGGAGGUUGAACCUGGCCCCCAGAUCGUCCCUGCUGGCCGCUCUGCUAUUCGCCGUGCAUCCGGUACACACCGAGUGUGUUGCUGGUGUUGUCGGCCGUGCAGACCUCCUGGGUGCCCUGUUCUUUCUGUUAUCUUUCCUUGGCUACUGUAAAGCAUUUAGAGAAACAGGUAACAAGGAGGGAACACAUUCUACAUCCUGGGUGUUGCUGAGUAUCCUUCUGGGAGCAGUGGCCAUGCUAUGCAAAGAGCAAGGGAUCACCGUAUUGGGUUUGAAUGCAGUCUUUGACAUCUUGGUGAUAGGCAAAUUAAAUGUUCUGGAAAUGGUCCAGAAGGUACUACAUAAAGACAAAUCAUUAGAGAAAACUGGUAUACUCAGGAAUGGGGGCCUCCUCUUCAGAAUGACCCUUCUGGCCUUGGGGGGCGCAGGGGUGCUCUACAUGCGCUGGAAAAUCAUGGGUACAGGCCCCCCGGCGUUCACAGAGGUAGACAACCCCGCUUCCUUCGCCGAUGGCAUGUUGGUCAGGGCCAUAAACUAUAAUUACUACUAUUCACUGAAUGCCUGGCUGCUGCUAUGCCCCUGGUGGCUGUGUUUUGAUUGGUCAAUGGGCUGCAUACCCCUCAUUAAGUCGGCCGGGGACUGGAGGGUAACUGCACCAGUGGCCCUCUGGUUGUGCCUAAUUGGCCUAAUAUGCCAAGCCCUGUGCUCUGAAGACAGCCACAGAAGAAGGAUCCUUACACUGGGCCUGGGAUUUCUCAUUAUCCCAUUUCUUCCUGCAAGUAACUUGUUCUUCCGAGUGGGCUUUGUGGUUGCAGAGAGAGUCCUCUACCUCCCCAGUGCUGGGUACUGCAUGCUGCUGACUUUCGGAUUUGGAGCUCUCAGUAAACACACUAAGAAAAAGAAAUUGGUUGCUGCUGUUGUACUGGGAAUUUUAUUCAUAAACAUGCUAAGGUGCAUGAUUCGCAGUGGCGAAUGGCGGAAUGAAGAACAGCUUUUUAGAAGUGCCCUGUCUGUGUGUCCUCUCAAUGCCAAGGUUCACUACAAUGUUGGCAAGAACCUGGCUGACAAGGGCAAUCAAACAGCCGCCAUCAGAUAUUACCGGGAAGCUGUGAGAUUAAAUCCUAAGUACGUACAUGCCAUGAAUAAUCUUGGAAACAUCUUAAAAGAAAGGAAUGAGCUGCAGGAAGCGGAAGAGCUGCUCUCUUUGGCUGUACAAAUACAACCAGACUUUGCUGCCGCAUGGAUGAAUUUAGGCAUAGUUCAGAACAGCCUGAAACGGUUUGAAGCCGCCGAGCAGAGUUACCGGACUGCAAUCAAACACAGAAGGAAGUACCCAGAUUGUUACUACAACCUUGGGCGUCUGACACAGAGAAAGAGGCAGAGACACAGGCAGAGGGAGAAGCAGGCUCCAUGCAGGGAGCCCGACGCGGGACUCGAUCCGGGGUCUCCAGGAUCAUACCCCGGGCUGCAGGCAGUGCCAAACCGCUGCACCACGGGGGCUGCCCGAUUAAAUGAAAUUGUUAAGGGAAAAAGGGUUUGCUCAUUUUAGCCAAACUGGAAUACAUAUAUAAUGAUGUAACUUUUAAAAGAAGUUUAGAGGGGUGGCUGGGUGGUUCAGUCAGUUAAUCAUCUGCCUUUAGCUCAGAUCAUGAUCCCAGGGUCCUGGGAUCAAGCCCCAUGUCUGGCUCUCUGCUCAGCAGGGAGCCUGCUUCUCCCUCUUCAUCUGCCUGCUGCUCCACCUACCUGUGUGUUCACGUGUGCACAUGCUUUGCUCUCUCUGUCAAAUAAAUAAGAUCUUUUUAAAAGAAAGAAAAGAAGUUUAGACAUAAUUUUCCAGAUUUCAUCCAGACUUGCCUCACAGGUAGGAUUACAUCAAAAUUGUUUUAAAGAGAUACCUGUUUAUCCUCACUUUAAGGGUCCUGAAACUUCUUGGUUUUAUGGAGUCCUUGUGUUAGCAAAACCAGUGGUUUCUAAAACUGGUUGAAUACUAAGUCCUUCUGCCCCAUCUCAGAUUUAUGGAAUCAGAGGCUCCAUGGAUGAUCCACAUUUACAAAGCAAACCAACAAAAUUCUCCAGUCAUUCCAAUACCAUAUUGUUGGCCCUAUAUUUGGGAAGAUCUAUCUGAGCCCUGAGAAGACAGACCAACCAGCUCAGAGCAGAAGAGACUGUUUGGGGAGGGCAACUUGGAAAUCAUGAAUUGCUUGAAGAUUGUUGAAAAUCCAGGGUUCAGUUCUUAGCAUGAUGGGAAUGUAUGUGGUCUAAACUGCUGUUUAUGGAUCAGGUAGCCAUGAUUGUGGGUGUCAUGGAGGCAGAAUUUUAUGAAGGGAGGAAACUAAGUGGUAGGAACGUGUGGCUAAUGAUGGUGAAGUUUUACCUCUCCUACUAUGUAUACGUCACUUUAAAUGGACAGGUACUGUACGUGUUAUACAUUUUAAAGUGAAGUGGCUUGUGUGUUUAUUAUUUAAAGAAUAAAAAACAUGUUUCAGUUAGUAUAUACCCUGGGAAGAUACCAUCUCUAUAUAGAUGCUCUAGUGUGGAAAAGAGGAAUUGUUUCUUCCUGUGCUCAGAGGAAGGUGGCAGUAAUGUGACUGAAUCCAUGCACCAGCAAGGUGUUUAAACAAGGAAAAUUGAUGGCAGGUGAUUCCUGUUGUCCCACAUAACUUUCUUCAGAGCCUUUCAACCUUUCCCACAUUUCUAUUUUCCUUUUACAUUUUAAAAAUCUGUGCUUUAUGAUCUAGUUACAUACAUUGAUGUUGAAAUAGUUUUCUCUAUGAAACCUAAGAUUUGAGGAAAGCUGAAAUUAUUCUAGUGAGAAGCUGUUGAAGGACAAUAAAAAACUUUCCUCUACCCUCUUAUGUUCUUUCUUUGGGGCCCUACAAACUAGACUGACUACAGACAGAUUAACAAGAGAAAAAAAAACAAUUUUUUAACACAUACAUUGUGCAUACACAUGGGAAAAACAGUGAUGAGUAACUCAAAGGGGUGGUUAGAACGUGGGCUUCUAUAGCAUCUUAACAAAGAACAAUACAUUUGUAAAUAAGUGACAAGAGAAAGGAAGAGAUUUUAGGUUUCCAAGGGUGGCAAACUGUCAGAAGGUAAAUACAUAUGGAAACUAAGGUUUGUGUGGGUCCUUCUUCAUGGCCAUAAAAUGCCCCCAGGAGAAGGGGGCAUAUGGCAGCCCUUAUGUCUCUGUUUCUGCUUUUAGUCAGAUAAGGGAAGCUCCAUGAAGGCUUCUUUCUGCAUCUGUCGAAUCUCAAAUGUCUUUAAUGCAAUAAUCCUUAUGUCAGACCAGUAUAUUUGGGAUGGCAUAUUUUGAUCCUGUACAUUGUUCUCUCUGGGGCAGAGGGUAGGGAGACAGUAAAACUUCACCACAGUGAUACAAGUAGAGACCAAAAACUUCAACCACAUGCAAGGCAGGGUGGAUCCUUCCAAAGUCAAUGAAGUAAGAAUGAGGGAUGGGAGCAGGUUGGGUAUUAUCUGAACACUUGCAGGGAUUACUGUUUCUAUUGACUGUGCCUAUUACACUAGGACUUGCAUGACAUUAUAUUUGAUAUCCAUAUGAGUUCUUUCAUUUUUUUUCUUCUGUUUCGGAGGUAACUUUCUAGGUUAUUGUUUGCAAAGUGAGUGUAUCUGCCUCAGUCUUCUAGGUCACACUUAAGGCUCUAAUGCUUGGCAGUCUGUUUCCUUCCCCUAGUAACGGCCUGUCACUGCAAUUCUGUGGGGUUUGGAAAAUAGAGAAUUUAUGCUAAGUACGCCCUCUAACAGGUCCUAAGAAAGGGAAACAGAAUAUAAAAGUCAGGAUUUUAUCCAUGGGCUCUAGUCCUUGGAAAGUCCUUCCCACUUUCAUGUAGAAUAUCAUCUGUAGUAUUAAGUAUAUUAGACCUGGUACCACUCUCUCUGUAUAUUGUUUACUAAUUAUGCUACUGUGAAAUGAUCUUCCUGUGUUCCCUUCUGCCAACUGUUCUUGCUUAUUUAAAGAUUUUGCUCUCCAUUGUUGUUUAAUUAUACAGCUUUUGCCUGCUUGACAGCUUAAAAGCAUUAAGAGCUUAAUCUUUAACAGCUCAACCAACACAUUUAUAUAUUGAUGAAUAAGAUGAACCUAAUAACUUAAAAUUUUCUUUUUAAAAAUCCUCCUUAGUCACUCUUUAGUAACAAGAGGCAGAAACAUGCUUUGAUUUCUGCACUGAAUGAGGAGAUGUAAUGCAGUUUCCUUGUAAAAUAGAAAAUUGAGAAAAAGUGGCUUAUUUGGGACAUGUUACUAUUAGAGAAUUUCAGUAAUAGUGACUGGAGAUAUUAUUAGAGGUGAUUCAUUAUGCAAGGACUGAUUGUAUCAAUCAGGAGCCAUUCAGGAAAACAGAAACUGCUAAGUAUUGUAUCUUAUUUUUAUUUUAUUUAGUUUGUUUGUUUGUUUAUUUAAAUAAUCUCUACACCCAAUGUGGGGCUCAAACUCACAAUCUCAAGAUCAGGAGCUGCAUGUUUUCCAACUGAGUCAUCCAGGUGCCCCUAUGCUAAGUAUUUUAACUUAGGGAACUCCUUCCAUUUCUGCUCUUCUAGCCUUCUCACAAUUGUCUAGCCAUGAUGUUAACUGUGAGAGUAUAAGGAAACCCUGUAGGAAACAAACAGGAGGAAGUGGUGCCACCAAAACAUAGGGCUCAGAGAAGGGAGCCCCUGUAAUCCCAGGAGCUGAUAUCAUGAAGGAGGACCACUGCUUCCAGCCUGGAACUGUGAAGUUGGGGUGAGGGGGACAUAGCUCCUUCAGAUGCACUAAGAAGGGAAAGAAGGGACAGUGUGAGAGUGAGGGAAAGGAUAUCUCUUCCAACCAUCUGAUGUCAUCUGUGACUCCUGUGGCAGAAAGCUAGCAAGGAGCAAAGUGGCAAAGGACCCUGAGAAAUGCAUUUUGCAAAGUAUAGAAGGAUGGGCAUGAGGCUAAUAUGUAAAUAAUGUGUGCAUUACCUGUCUGCUUUCUGCAUGGGUAGUUCUGGCCAAAUCACUGUUUUUCUCUAUAUUUCCCUGAAAUAUAGAUGCUACAGAAGGGGAAGUUUGAAACAAUAUAAAAGUAAAGUAAAUUUUACCUGAUUUAGUCUGUUGUUGUUCUUCAGGAA